AUGAAUGAGUCCAGCAGGUUGACUGAACCAAGGACUCACAACAUGAGCUUUGGCAAUGUGUCUGAGCAUCACUCCUGUCCACUGGGAUUUGGCCACUACAAUGCAGAGGAUGUCUGCAUCCUGGAGACGGUCGUUAUUGUCCUGCUGACAUUUUUAAUCAUUGCUGGGAAUUUCACUGUCAUUUUUGUCUUUCACUGUGCUCCACUUUUGCAUCAUUACACUACCAGCUAUUUCAUCCAGACCAUGGCCUAUGCUGAUCUCUUCGUGGGAGUGAGCUGCUUGGUUCCCACUCUCUCCUUGCUUAAUUAUUCUACAGGUGUCCACGAGUCACUGACUUGCCAGGUUUUCGGAUAUAUCAUCUCAGUGCUCAAGAGUGUUUCCAUGGCGUGCCUGGCUUGUAUCAGCGUGGAUCGCUACCUUGCCAUCACCAAACCUCUUUCCUACAAUCAGCUGGUCACUCCUUGUCGCUUGAGGAUCUGCAUUAUUCUCAUCUGGAUCUAUUCCUGCCUGAUUUUUUUGCCUUCCUUUUUUGGUUGGGGGAAACCUGGUUACCACGGUGACAUUUUUGAAUGGUGUGCCACCUCUUGGCUCACCAAUGCCUAUUUUACUGGCUUUAUUGUUUGUUUACUUUAUGCUCCUGCUGCCUUUGUCAUCUGCUUCACUUACUUCCACAUUUUCAAAAUCUGUCGGCAGCACACCAAAGAGAUCAACGACCGAAGGGCCCGAUUUCCCAGUCAUGAAGUUGAUGCUGCUGGAGAGACUGGACAUAGCCCAGACAAACGCUAUGCUAUGGUUUUAUUCCGAAUAACCAGUGUGUUCUACAUGCUCUGGCUUCCUUACAUUAUAUACUUUCUUCUGGAGAGCUCCCGAGUCCUGGAUAAUCCCGCUCUCUCCUUCCUAACUACCUGGCUUGCUAUAAGCAAUAGUUUCUGUAACUGUGUAAUAUAUAGUCUCUCCAAUAGUGUUUUUAGGUUGGGCCUCCGAAGAUUAUCUCAGACAAUAUGUUCAUCUUGUAUGUGUUUAAAAGACCAGGACAUACAGGACCCCAAACCCAGAAAACGGGCUAAUUCCUGCUCCAUCUAA